AAGGAAAUGAGUGAUCUGAGAGAUUUUGAUAUCAAACAGUUACAUAACAAUAUCUAAAGUUGCUUCUAAUAUUUAGACAAGUAGAUAUAUAGAGCGAUGAAUGUAGCACCAAUUAAUAAUACUAUAAUUAUUGAAAAACCUAAUACAGCAAUGUAUUUAUAAGAUGAUUUCAAGAGCUCAUGAAUAUAAAGAAUUGUAACAUCAUGUGAAAUAACUAUAAGUAAAAUACGAUGAGGUAUGUUACAAGUACAUGUAACUUUUAACGAAAUACCAAAAAAUAAAGAUUACACUAAAAUUCUAACAAGAAGAAAUAGAUCAUUCUUGUGAAUUAAUCAAAGAAAUGAAAUUAACACACCUUCAAAGACCUGAAGUUAUAUAGAUACCUGUGUAUGAAUAUUUGAGGGAGUUUACAAAAAAUAAUCAUAGCCAAUUAAGUAAUUUUUUAUAAAUAUUGAUUCAUACAAAAAAGAUGGAUCUCUCAAUGAUAGAGUUGCUUUAAAAUAUUGAGAAGUAUUAUAGACCCUAAAAUAAAAUGUUAUUUUAAGACAAAUAUGUUUAUCCAAAGGUGCCAUUGAGGAAAAUAAGGGAACGAAUACUAAAGACAUUGCCUGAUCAGGCAGUUUCAUAAAAUAUAGUGCCUGAAAGAUCAAUAUCCUUUUAAUGA